ACUUUAUUCGGUCUGUUGCCUCUGUGCUUGCUUCCAUAUUUCCGCAGUUAAAUACGAAAGAGAACUGACUUAUGUUGCUCUGUUGAUUUCGACCUCGUCGAUUCCUCAGCGUGAAGAAGAUCAAGCUUUGUUAAAAUAGAACAAGAAGUUUGAAUACCAUCAUGAUUUCAGCCUGGAUCUUGAUUACAUUUUGUGUUGCCUCCCUGACUGUGGUGACAAGUGAUCCCUGCAGCCCUCCUGGAGAGUCCAUUAAUGCUACUAGUGGUCAUAUUUCCAGCCCCAAUUUUCCCGACAACUAUGACGGAAGCAGGAUGUGUACCUGGAAUAUCACGGUACCUGGUGGGAAAAUCAUCAAACUGACCUUCUUGAACUUUACCCUGGUAGCAGGUGAAAACGAUGACUGUGCUGGAGCGGCAGCAAAUAGUGCCCGAGUCUUUAUCACAAACGUUGCCUCUCAUGGAGGAAAUCCCAGUGACUUUAAGAUCUGUGGUCAAAAGCUUCCUCCUCCUGUGUACUCCGAGGGAAACUUCAUUCAAGUGAGAUUUGAAUCUCGCGCCGGCCUUGUAAACAAAGGGUUCAAUGCAACCUUUGAGGCAAUAGAUGGAGAUUCACUGUGCCCAACAGAUAUGAUCCUCAAUGAAACAUCAGGUUCCUUUUCCUCUCCCUUUAAUCCAAGAAACUAUCCAUUCAACCAGACAUGUAGCUGGAAGAUUAUAGGGAAACAAGGAUACCGUGUUGAGCUCACAAUACCAGACUAUAAUCUUGAACGUUGUGGUGGCGCUGCUUGCUCGUGUGAUUAUAUGGAAGUUCAGAAUAGCUUCAGUGAUAAAGUGCCGCCUGGAAAACUAUGUGGUACACCAAGGUAUAUUCCUGUAGAAUUUUAUUCACUGAACGAAAGCUUGAGGGUGGUGUUUGUGUCCGAUGAUACAAACAUGGAUUAUGACGGAUUUGGAGCAUUUUACAAGCUGUUGAACUACAGUCCUCCAAUUUGUCCCAAGGAAGCAAUUCCUCUCUCAGGCAGCGGCAAAAUAAGCAGCACAAACUACCCAAAGAGUAACUACACUGCGUCCAGAAAUUGUACUUGGAACAUUACCGCGCCAGUUGACAAAAUUGUAAAGUUUACAUUUACUUACUUUGUCUUAAGUGAGUGUUCAGCCAGUCCUUGUUCGGAUUCUUGUUCUUAUGUGGAGCUUUAUGAUGGUGGGUCAACAAGUUCGCCCUCGCUGGGGCGAUUUUGCCAGGGGUCGUCUUGGAAUGAGCCUCAGUUGUCGACUGGAAAUCAAAUGUUUGUGAUAUUCCAUCCUGGGCAAACAGUUGAACGUGGAUUUGAAGCGAAAUAUGAAUACACAACGACCGGUGCCUGUAUCCCUCCUGGAGAAUCCAUUAAUGCUAUUAGUGGUCACAUUUCCAGCCCCAAUUUUCCCAACAACUAUGACGCAAACAGGAUGUUUACCUGGAAUAUCACGGUACCUGGUGGGAAAAUCAUCAAACUGACCUUCUUGAGCUUUACCCUGGUAGCAGGUGAAAACGAUGACUGUGCUGGAGCGGCAGCAGAUAGUGCCCGAGUCUUUAUCACAAACGUUGCCUCUCAUGGAGGAAAUCCCAGUGACUUUAAGAUCUGUGGUCAAAAGCUUCCCCCUCCUGUGUACUCCGAGGGAAACUUCAUUCAAGUGAGAUUUGAAUCUCGCACCGGCCCUGUAAACAAAGGGUUCAAUGCAACCUUUGAGGCGAUAGAUGGAGAUUCAUUGUGCCCAGCAGAUAUGAUCCUCGAUGAAACAUCAGGUUCUUUCUCCUCUCCCUUUAAUCCAAGAAACUAUCCAUUCAACCAGACAUGUAGCUGGAAGAUUAUAGGGAAACAAGGAUACCAUGUUGAGCUCACAAUACCAGACUAUAAUCUUCAACGUUGUGAUGACGCUGCUUGCUCGUGUGAUUAUAUGGAGGUUCAGAAUAGCUUCAGUGAUAAAGCGCUACCUGGAAAACUAUGUGGCACACCUAGGUUUCCUCCUAUAAAGUUUUAUUCACUGAACGAAAGCUUGAGGGUGGUGUUUGUGUCCGAUGAUACAAACAUGGAUUAUGACGGAUUUGGGGCAACUUACAAGCUGUUGAACUACAGUCCUCCAAUUUGUCCCAAGGAAGCAAUUCCUCUCUCAGGCAGCGGCAAAAUAAGUAGCACAAACUACCCAAAGAGUAACUACACUGCGUCCAGAAAUUGUACCUGGAACAUUACCGCGCCAGCUGACAAAAUUGUAAAGUUUACGUUUACUGACUUUGUCUUAAGUGAGUGUUCAGCCAAUCCUUGUUCGGACUCUUGUUCUUAUGUGGAACUUUAUGAUGGUGGGUCAACAAGUUCACCUUCGCUGGGACGAUUUUGCCGAGGGUCGUCUUGGAAUGAGCCUCAGUGGUCGACUGGAAAUCAAAUGUUUGUGAUGUUCCAUCCUGGACAAACAGUUGAUCGUGGAUUUGAGGCGAAAUAUGAAUACACAAGGACCGAUGCCUGCACCCCUCCUGGAGAGUCCAUUAAUACUACUAGUGGUCUCAUUUCCAGCCCCAAUUUUCCCGACAACUAUGACCCAAGCAGGAUUUGUACCUGGAAUAUCACGGUACCCCGUGGGAAAAUCAUCAAAGUGACCUUCUUGAACUUUACCCUGGUAGCAGGUGAAAAAGAUGACUGUGCUGGAGCGGCAGCAGAUAGUGCCCGAGUCUCUAUCACAAACGUUGCCUCUCAUGGAGGGAAACCUAAUGACUUUAAGAUCUGUGGUCAAAAGCUUCCCCCUCCUGUGUACUCCGAGGGAAACUUCAUUCAAGUGAGAUUUGAAUCUCGCGCCGGCCUUGUAAACAAAGGGUUCAAUGCAAGCUUUGAGGCGAUAGAUGGAGAUUCACUGUGCCCAGCAGAUAUGAUCCUCAAUGAAACAUCAGGUUCUUUCUCCUCUCCCUUUCAUCCAAGAAACUAUCCAUUCAACCAGACAUGUAGCUGGAAGAUUAUAGGGAAACAAGGAUACCGUGUUGAGCUCACAAUACCAGACUAUAAUCUUGAACGUUGUGGUGGCGCUGCUUGCUCGUGUGAUUAUAUGGAAGUUCAGAAUAGCUUCAGUGAUAAAGCGCUGCCUGGAAAACUAUGUGGUACACCAAGGUUUAUUCCUUUCAUAUUUUAUUCACUGCACGAAAGCCUGAGGGUGGUGUUUGUGUCCGAUGAUACAAACAUGGAUUAUGACGGAUUUGGGGCAACUUACAAGCUGUUGAACCACAGUCCUCCAAUUUGUCCUAAAGAGCCAAUUUCUCUCUAUGAUAGUGGAAAGAUCAGCAGCACCAAUUUUCCAGUAGAUAACUAUACUGCAUCAAGGAAUUGUUCAUGGAUCAUAACCGUUUCAGCUGGUGAAUCAGUGAAGUUGGCAUUUACUUAUUUUGUCCUUAGUUCAUGUGCAAAUUGCAAUUCUGGUCAUUGCUCCUAUGUGGAGCUUUAUGAUGGAAAUUCCACAAGCUCAACUUUACUGGGGCGUUUCUGUCAGAAUUCACUUUUGCCAAACACAACUUCCAGUGGAAAUCAAAUGUUUGUAAUGUUUCAUGCUGGUACUGAUGUUAAUCGUGGAUUUGAGGCAUCCUAUUCAGUUGCGUCCACUCAAACAACACCAGGGUCAACACCAGGGUCAACACCAGGGUCAACACCAGGAUCAACACCAAGAUUGACACCAGGACCAAUACCCACUAUUGGCGGCCUGAGCCCAGGCGCCAUUGUGGGGAUCUCAGUGGCAGUACCAGUAUUAAUUACAAUGGUGAUAGCAGCUUUCAAGUACUAUCGUAAAUGGAAAAAACAGAAAAAUGAAGAUGUUCCCCAACCUGAGAUGGAGAGCCUUAAGCAAAAGGAGAUUUUAGAGCAAAAAGUACUCCAAAUUUACCAGGCUGUGGUUCCUCAUCAGUACAAGGAACUGUCAUCAUCAUGGUUCAUCAUGCAGCAUGUAAUCCAUGUGCCUCUCCAGAAGUUAUCAAUGGAACCUCUGGACUUUUUUCAAGCUUUAAUUAUUCCCACUGAGACACCAAAAGACUCAACUUGUUUCUGGAAUAUCACAGUUCCAGAAGGAUUUGUGGUGAAAAUAACUUUCCAUGCCUUUUCACUGUCACCAGAUGACACAAAAACUGACUGUAGUAAUGCACAAGGGGCUCGUCUUCGUAUCUCAGAUGUUGCAUCAACUGAACAGGCAAGAUACCCAUUUGAGCUCUGUGGACAGUCUAUUCCUAGUCCUGUAUAUACUUCCACAAACUCCAUUCAAGUGAGAUUGAAGACAGUAGCUCAGCAUGGAGUCACUGGAUUUAAUGCAUCUUAUGAGGCAAUCUCCCCUGAUAUGUUGUGUCCAGCAAUGGCCAAUUUGAGUGAUGCAUCAGGUGUUAUUACCUCUCCAUUUUAUCCCAGAUAUUAUCCAGAUAACCAGAACUGCAUGUGGGAUAUUGUUGCAAGCAAUGGAAAGCAUCUCAAGCUUGAGAUUGAGAAGACCACAAACAUUCAACAAUGUAAUCAAUGCAAUUGUGACUAUUUGGAUAUCCAGUAUGGCUUUGACAGUUCAGGAAAUCCAAGUGAGAAAAUAUGUAAAGAACUCAAGGAAACUGUGACGUACUACUCACUUAAGGAUCGUCUAAGGGUGCAGUUUCAUUCAGACAACUUGCAGAAAUUCAUUUUUAAGGGAUUCAGAGCAGUUUACUCUCGCCUGGAAUCCAACCCGAGAUUUUGUCCUAAAGCAGCAACCCUGUUCACAGCUUCAAAUGGAAAGUUCAGCAGUCCUGGUUACCCCUCAGAUGUCCCUCCUGGUCUAGAUGUAGCUAAUAAUCGAGCCUGUACCUGGAAGAUCACUGUAGCUGCUGGGAAACGUGUCAAGUUGAAUUUUACCCAUCUAAAUUUUGGCACAUGUUCUUCUCAAUGUGAUCAGUGCACACAUCUGGACAUCUAUGAUGGUGAUUCAAAAAGCUCUCCUUCUCUGGGGCGUUUCUGUCCUGAAUCUGCAAAGGAAGUGAAGGUGUCAAGUGGUAACCAAAUGUUUGUGGAGUUUGAAUCUGGCUUUGGUAAUGAUCGUGGUACUGGUUUUGAAGUACAAUACUCGGAGACUACAGAUGAUCCAAACAAAACAGAACCCCCAACAAGGGCCGGAGCCAUGAAGACUGGUGGCCUGUUGAUUCCCACCAUGCUUGCCCUAGCUGCUUCCCUUUAUUAGCCUUUAAGGGACAUUGUCACUUUCAGACCAUCAUGUGUUCUGGAUCAAAGGAAGCUCUUUGCCUCAUGUAGGGUUAUCAUUAGAAAAUUUAAGAGAUACAUGAUCUGUACUGAGAAGGUGGCUGAAUUGAAGUACAACAUGCCUACAAAAGAAGCAUGACAUGUUACAAAGCAAAAGUUAUGUGUUAACCUGGGAAAAAAUUGAGAUUUGAAGCUCUCAGAGAGGUGACUUCUAGUAGUCUACAACUUAAUUUUAUUGGGGUAAUUUUUUUUGCCAUAAAUUGAUGUUGGAAUAAGUUUAAAGAAUAUGUAUUUAACUGUCUUUGAUCACAAUUCACAAAGUAGCUGGCCCAAAGUGGUGUGACAGCCAGUGGUUUUCUGCCACCUACUGGAUUCUAAUGUCAAUCCUGCUUAUUUAAUCUUCAGAUUUCCCUACAACCCUUGUAAAUAUAAUUGGUUAAGAGUGGAUCCCUGGGCAAGACCCUUAUGAAAUUAAAUGGGAUGUGAAUGGCACUUAAUAGGGAAGCCUAUCAAACUGAAAGAGAUUUUUUUCUCAAUUUUACUCAGCUCCAGGUCUUCACAUCAAUUUUCCUUACCUGCUCCAUACUUUCUACGGAAUGUUUGUUCCAAGAAAGUAGUGUUAAACAAUCUCCCUUCCCUCCUUUGGUUUGCAUUUUCUCCUCAUCCUCUGUCUACUUGAUAAUGAAGUAAUAUUAUGCAGCAGAAGAGUGUCAUGAUGAUAUUGUUGUAAAUGAUGUUGUAAAUGAUGAUGAUUAGGAUAAUUAUAUAUACAACAAUAAUAAUGAUUUUAAAACUAUGCAAUGACUUGAUAAGGUAUUUUUUAUGUGCUUGUGAAUUUUAUAGUAGUAGUAUGUAUUUUAUAUGAUUUUUUUAAUAUUCAAGUACCCUUUAAUAAACAAGUCUAACAAGUAAUAAAUUGGAACUAUUAGUAACUGUGCAGAUGAUGAGGUGAGGAAUUACCUUCUUUCUAAUUGGCUUUUUUUUUUACCAUGGAUUAGUCAGAGACAGGGAAAGAAGUCAGGCUACUUUUGUAGGAGUUGCAUUUACACCCAAUUGAUUAUUAAAAUUAGACAUAAUUGCUUCAUGUGGAGCAUCUUGAUUAACCCAGUUUUACUCUAUUGAUUUUUCUGGAAAUAUCACAGUACCAUCAGCCAACACAGGAAUAUAUUAUGGGGAGGAUAUGAACAAACAAUAUCAUGUAGUUUUAAAAUGAGCGUGAGCUAUAUUUAUGCUCUAGCUUCGGCUUUUAUAGAAGCAUUGUACGUGUGAAAGCAAACUUCAACGUGAUCGUACUUUACCUGAUUUGGUUGUAAAUCAAAUGUAAUAUUAAACAUGAUU